AUCAUUGACCGGGAAUAUAUUCAAACCCACGGCAGCCGGUGAAAGAAGCCGGUUCUCGAAGGACAGGAGAGGCUGUGGUGCUGUCUGAGACUCCGUGGUGCUGAAAGUGUCGCCCGCCGCGAUGUGGUCCGUGUUUUUCGUGUUUCUGUCUUAUCUAGACAGGAACUUUGUUAAGGGUGAAUUCUUAGACCAAGCUAUAGAUGCAGAGAAAUUGAGCAAAGAGCUCUUUUACAUGCUCAACAACACUCUUUGCGCCAAAAGCUCGGUUGUAGGAGAGUAUCUCCUGCAUCAGGUCACCGAUGGAGCUCAAGAGGUUCGCUCUGUGCAUGACUCUGAGGGCCGCCUGCUGGACUGCUCUGUCAUCCAAAACGAAAUGCAAGUCAAAUCCUUCAUGCAUGUUUGUAGACUUGGGCUAAGAAACCAAAUGAGCUCCGAUUUGAAGAUGAGUUUGACAGGGGUGUCCGAAGCGAAGGAGAACUGUAACAAGUUGAAACCAAAAGGCGACAGAAACGUCAUCGCGACGGGAAAACAAGCAAAAGAGCCGAACUCUGACGCGGCGAACAAUAAAAAGACGCGAACCAAGCGAGGCUUCACUUAUCCCGGGACACUUUGGUGUGGUGCAGGAAACAUCGCAGACCAUUAUGAUCAGUUAGGUGAAUUCGAAGAGACCGACAAAUGUUGUCGCGUUCACGAUCACUGCCCAUACGUCAUCCAUGCGUUUUCCUCCAACUAUGGAUACACCAACUUUAAAUGGCACUCCCUUAGCCACUGCGACUGCGACAAUGCCUUAAAGGAAUGCCUGAGACGUGUCAACGACACUUCAUCCCGAGUGGUCGGACAAGCUUUCUUUAAUGUGAUGGAAGUGCCUUGCUUUGAGUUUUCAUUUGAAGAGCAGUGUGUUGAGCGUCACUGGUAUGGGGUGUGUAAAAAGUAUGACAGAGUUCCCGUAGCAGUGAUUAAAGAAUCAAACGCUUAUGACUUUGGAGGCAUUGAUGUUAUUGACGUAUUGACUAUCGCUCCUCCUAAGAAGAAAGAGUCAGAUGAAGACAAUCAGAACGCUGAAAGCACAACACAGUCGUCAUUCCCUGAAUCAAAGACCACCACCCCUGAAGAGCCCUCGCUCACGAACGUGGUGACCGCUGCAGAGGAUUUCAUUAAAGUGCUCGCCACAGUCUCCACCUCUCAAAGCUCGUCCGCAGACACAGGUAAAGGAGAAACUCAGACAUCGGAGAAGAAGAGGAAGAAAAAUUCCAGCAAGAAGAAAAAAGAGAACAAGAGGAAAAGAGGAAAGGGUAAAGGCAGGAAGAAGAAUAAAAAACUUGAUGCCGUGUUAAAGGUCGACGAAGGAACAGCCAGUGUGCCGUCGAACGGUCAAACAGAGGAGGUCAUGGGUAAGAACAACUUUGCGGAGGAAGCAGCGAAGAUUAGCAUCAAAGAAAAUAAUUUCAUGAACAGUGAGCUAGACUCUGUAGGAAAUUCUAAUAAGAUGAUGAAAGAUGAUCCUGGGAGGACAGUGAACGAAAAUCAGGAUGCUGCUAGCAAUGCCACCUCAAUAAAGACAGAUAAAGAACCAGAGAUUCUAGAGCACAGACAAGCAAACGACACAGAGUUAGUCUCCUCCUCACCUGCGGCUCACAUUACCCCAGCUCUCCGCGAUAAGAACAGAGCUAAGCUGAGACAAAGAGCCGGAAAGAAAAAGCAAAGAAAAAACAGCCCUUCCACAGAGGCCACCCAAUUUUAUUUCAAGGAAGAAACUCUCUCGACUAGUCCUUCUGAUGGUGUCAGCCUCGCAACGUCAUCCACCGAGAGUCCAGCUGGCGCUGUAAGAAACAAAGUGACGCAAAUUACACAGUACAUGGAAGAAAAGGGACCUGUAUUCACUACUACACUAAAAACGCCCAUUGUUAGAACCAAAAGGCCAAAUUUGAGGCAUAGACUAGGAAGAAAGAGAAUGAGGAAAAUCAUUGUUUCCUCUACAGAAGAACCAGCUCGUGAUAUCAGCUCUCAGGAUCCAAUAUUGGUCACAGGUUCUGCAACUGUCUGGCCAGCGGACGUACUAGAGCGCCUGGGAUCAGACCCACUUGAAAACCCGACAGAUAGUUCGAAGGACACCAGUGGAAGAAGCAACAAAGGAAGGCGUGUAAUCAAAAUCUGCUAUGAAGCAGUUCUGCCUGACGUUACAGACACAACACCCCUCCCGAAUCUGAUCGAAAAAGACACUGGGUUUCAGUUGAAGGGUCCAGAGAUAAACACAACACCAAUGUUUCCUCUUCUACACACUAACACUCCGUCCAAGGCAACCCGCAGACCUAGUGACACCAAUAUGAAGAGAAGCAAGGAGCGAGGAAACCGAGAAAAGCGUGGGAAAAUUAAGAGAGAGUGAAAUUCAAGAAGCUCCAAAUGGUUGGUUAUCUUCUAGGCUGCCAUGCGAUAUGCAGCAACGUUGUUUUAAUAAGCAGCAUGUUUUUAUCUACUCUGUUUUUAUAGCUCCCUUGAUGGUAGACUGACAGAUCAGAUCAUUUUUAUGAAGCAUGUGAUUCGUGACAUGAUUGCUGAAUAAACUAAAUAAGAGAA